UGAUUGCCUAUCGUUAAUGUUCAAGCUGCAGGAGGCUUUUACAAGCACUAUGCUUCUUUCUACAAAAAAGAAUCACCAGGCGUGAGCAAAGCGUGAAUCUAUCAAAGUAAACACAACAGCAUACUUAUCCAUCCAACAAUAUUGCGUUUAUUUGGUAUUGCUAGGACAACGAAAGUCACCAUGAUCAUGUCUACCCGUCCCGGAGCCGCGGUUUCAUACGUCACCGCUUCGGAAUUACGCCUUAUGUUGCAACAACAGAAGACGAACUUUCCUGGCCAUGAGAAAGUUACGGUAAUCGAUGUAAGGGAUCACGAUCGAUCUGAGGGAGGCCACAUACCUGGAUCCACAUGGAUACCUAGUCAGGAGUUCCGACAGCAGCUACCGAAGUUGGUGGACCAGUAUAGGAAUGAAAGGAGAACCCUGGUUUUUCACUGCAUGUUUUCGCAAAGUCGAGGGCCGACAUGUGCGAAACUGUUCGCGAAUGCGGUAACUACACAAGAAGAUCAGCGACAGACCAGUGGUGCGGAGGUGACACAAGAAGAUGCACCAUCUAGUGGAACUUCUUCAUCUGUUGAACAGCAAGCGUAUGCAGGGAAGGUCCGAAUUCUUAGAGGGGGUUUCAUCGGAUGGGAAACAGAGAACCCUGAUAUGGUAGAAAGCGCAACAGGCGAAGAAGGUCCUAGGAAUUUUUACGUUUUCGACGAAGUAGGUGGAGGUGACGAUGCGAAGCAAGAUACCAAGCAGGACACGACCUCUUUUCAAUAAGACGAUUCACUAGGCAGCUCCCGCUCGUAGAUUUCGGGCUCUCACUACUAUUUGCAAACAAUAAACGGGAAACUCUAGUAGCUGCAACACUACAGCGCUACGUAUACGUUGCAAUUAGCUUUAGCACGUGUUG